UAUAAAACGGCUCCUGGUUUUCUCUCUCUUACAGGUUUCAAAAAGCUUCAAACUCCUUCCUUUGUGAGUAUCACAACUCCUCAUUACCUCUUUCUCUCUCUAUAUCUAUAUCUAUAUCUAUAUAUAUAUAUAUGCACCAAGUUUUCUCUAUCAGCUCCAGCAAGCUUCUCCAAUGGCGGGUCUGCAUUCUUCUACCAGACCCUCUUCCUCUUCUUCCUUUUCUUCAUUUUCAUCUUCUUCACAGGCAUUUGCUUCUCGUAUCCUCUUGCUCUUGACCAUUCUCCCCUUCACUCUCGCCUGCUUCGCCUUCGUCCUCCAAUGGCGUGGCGGCCUCAACGAUCCGGUCACCCGAUGGUCCCCUGACCAACUCCAGUUUCCGGGUAUGGAAACCUCUGAAUCCGUUUCCCGGAACUCGCAUUCUUCAGGCUCCAAUUGUGCGGAUCCUUUGAGGCCCAGAAACUCCCCUUCUUUUCCGUACUAUAGGGAUUGGAAAUUCGAUUACGGGUCGGAUCUGAGGCCUAAGAUAUGUAUUACAACAAGCACUUCCGCCGGUUUAGAGCAAGUAUUGCCAUGGAUUUUUUAUCAUAAAGUAAUUGGAGUUUCAAACUUUUUACUCUUUGUGGAAGGGAAGGCUACCUCUCCUAAUGUAACUAAAGUGUUAGAAAGCAUUCCGGGUGUGAAAGUUAUAUACAGAACAAAGGAAUUAGAGGAGCAACAAGCCAAAAGCCGGAUAUGGAAUGAGACUUGGCUGGCAAGCUUCUUCUAUAAGCCGUGUAAUUAUGAGUUGUUUGUGAAGCAAUCACUAAACAUGGAGAUGGCUAUUGUCAUGGCAAGGGAAGCUGGAAUGGAUUGGAUAUUCCAUCUAGACACUGAUGAGCUGAUACAUCCAGCUGGCACUCGGGAGUACUCAUUGAGACAACUGCUGUCUGAUGUGCCAGGAAAUGUUGAUAUGGUUAUUUUUCCGAAUUAUGAAAGUAGUGUGGAGCGAGAUGAUAUCAAGGAACCUUUUAGUGAGGUCUCUAUGUUCAAGAAGAACUAUGACCAUCUUCCGAAAGAUGUAUAUUUUGGAAAUUAUAGAGAAGCAACCCGUGGUAAUCCAAACUACUUUUUGACCUAUGGAAAUGGGAAGUCAGCUGCUCGAAUUCAAGAUCAUCUCCGCCCCAAUGGUGCACACAGAUGGCACAACUAUAUGAAGACACCCCAUGAAAUCAAAUUGGAAGAGGCUGCUGUUUUGCAUUAUACAUAUCCGAAAUUUUCUGAUUUGACUUCUAGACGUGAUAGAUGUGGCUGCAAGCCUACAAAGGAUGAUGUUAAAAGAUGCUUCAUGUUGGAAUUUGACAGAUCUGCAUUCAUAAUUGCUUCCACUGCAACAGAUGAUGAAAUGCUUCGCUGGUACCGAGAGCACAUUGUGUGGACUGAUAAGGAACUAAACAUGAAACUUACGAGGAAAGGCAUCUUGACUAGGAUUUAUGCACCUCUGGCGAUCAUUCAAGGUUUGAGGGAGUCUGGUGUUUUCGAGUCUGUAAUUGAAUCAGCUGAGCGAGCCAGUCUUUCAAAAGAUAAGUUCCUAUCAUCAGCAGAAAGUAGCAAUCUCACUCGGACCUCAACUUCCACUAAUUCGUUUAAUUCAAGAAAGAUUGGUAAAAUAGAUGUUCAAGCAACCGUGAGAAGGGUCUUGGAAUUCACUGACAAUUUUACUCACCCCCUGGCAAUCCCACCUCUAUCUCCUCCUGCCUUUGAAGAUUUCCAAGUUGUUGCCUAGUCCAAAAUGCAGACAGGCAAUGACCGACCCUCUUAUCCCAUUGUUUCCAGUUUCCUGCUUUGAGAAGCGUCUGAUGUUUAUCAAAUUUCCCAGAGCCAGAGAAGUUGAGGGAGAGAAGCAGAUUGUGGCAGCUGCUGUGUUGAGGCAACACAGUGUUCGUUUUCAUGGGGUUCCUCUCGAUCACAUCACCCGAGCGCUGAUGUACAUUUCAGGUUUAGAUUAUAAUUUUUUUGUAGUGUUAGAGGUGUAGAUCAUAGGGCAGGGAUUCUGAUUGCAGGUUCAUGUUUCCCUGGUGGCCUAAUAUAGUUUUUUAUUUUACUCCUUAUUCAGAGCUUUGGUUAAUUUGUCUGGUAUUUUUAGCCCAUUCUUUUGGACCCUCAUAUUUUUUUGUACACAUUAAGAAAGGGGUAAAGCUGCUAUAUUUAAUCCCCACUCCAGACAGAAUAAAGAGAUGAUUUUUCAAUAACAAUGAUUUAUUGCUACAAA